UUGAAGAGGACUGGGUAUUUUCAGGCAGACAUAUUGUUAACUAAACUUUACCGAGGACAGAUGUGAUAUAAACUGUAAAAGAAAUACAUUUAUUUACCCUUUUAUUCCUAUUUUUUCUAGUUGAAACCUACAGUAAUACCUAUGUUAUUUUAUAUUGAAAUAAACAUGAUUUUAAUAAGUAAUUUUUUGAUUGUCAGCAAAGAUGAAUUGAUAAAAUGAUUAUACUUGUGACCCACAUAAAUUAAUAGGUCAGGUAAUCAUCUAAGAUUGUCGCCCAUGAACGAACUCUAAUAUGUCUAAUAAUUUACAGUGAAUAUUGAUGAUGCUCCUUGUGUUUUUCUUUUAAACCUAAUCAUUGGAUUGUAUACUCCAUCUCAAAGGCAAAAGAUCUUUAAAUUGGUAAGUAAUUAUUGUAUACUAUGUUUUCUCAUGAAACGCUCAUGAAUGCGGUUUCAUUAAGUAUCGUAACCAUAAUGCAUGCUAAGGUAUUCACUGCUAUUGCAAACAAUUAUUAGUGAACACAAGAACACAAAGAGCUAAUAUGGAUAAUGAAAUCCCCCAUGAGCACAUCUGAUACUUUUGCGACCUAAUCAUUUUAUAAAAAGCAGUCUUAAGUAACGAUAUCAUUGUAAUAUUACAUUAGACCAUGACAUUGACAAAGGAGCACGUAUAGUGAGAGACAUUCCUACCAUUUCAAUCAUAUUUCUUUACUGCGUUAGAACAUUUAAAAGUAGACAGCGCUUAUUCAACAUCGAUUAUACAUUUUACGAUAAAUGCUGGUGUGAUAUUAGAAUAAAAUUCUUAUCAGAGACUUAUCUAGGAAUGCUUUAAUCUGUCAUUUACGAGACCAAAGACGGUUUAAGGUAUGAUUCGGGUGUGUUCACUGUUUCUUUUAUUCAAAUGUCGCAAUUAUUAUCAACUACCAUACGUAUCUAAUUAUACGCUUUACCUGGUUGGACAUACGAACUUCAGUUAUUGGAGUGGUCCCCCCACCGAGUCCGACCAAAUAAGACUUAAAGUUUAUUUUAAUCGCCUUAGUCUGGUAUUACUAUUGAAAGUUGCGUGAUUCAAAGUUGUAAGUCAAUUGACGAAAAUCAGCUCAAGAUCUGUAAUGGCAAGUACCGAGGAAGCAAAUGUAAUGGCGAAGAAUAUCUUCGAAAAGGUGGUGGUUGAUAAAAAACAAGAUGAUAUACAGAAAAUUGUGGAAACUGUGGUACAAACAUGGGAGUUAGUGAACAAAGAUCCUCUUAAACAUGGCAAGGUUUUUUACAGAAGACUUUUCACUACCCAUCCAGAGGUCAUAAGUUUGUUUUCAUUUUCCUCUGAAGUAAGAAGCCAGAUGGACGAUAGCUCAGGGUUAAAAAAUCAAGCUUAUUUACUUAUGUCAAUGAUUGACUAUGCUGUUAGUGAGCUGGGUAAUCUUCCAGAACUCACUCCAAAAUUGAAAGUUCUUGGUGCAAGACAUUUCCUUGAUUACGAAGUUAAACCCGAGCACUUCAAGCCUGUUGGCGAGUGCUUACUUUGGACAUUAAAAGUUGGUUUGGGAGAAUUAUUUACAACGGAAGUUGAGAGAGCGUGGACUGUUAUAUACACAAUGCUUGCUGACGUCAUGAUUGAAGGAGGAAAGACUGUGAUGGACGGUGGAUCGAUUAGUGUAAACUGAUCAUAUUACUGUAUCAAACUACUUAUAUCACAUCCUUUCAUCUAAUCAAGCGAUUAUUCACAUGCCCGGUUACUCUGUUUGGUAAUAUUAAACGAGUAUUGCAAAAAUUCCAAAUAUUAAUCACAAUUAUCAUGCAUAUGUGAUUUUUUUAUCGUAUUCAAAUUGUACAGUAUAUACCAUGCAGCAAAGUUCGAUGCAUCACAGUCCUGUCAGUCCACACGCAUAGACCACACGUAUAUCAGUUAUUUUUAUGUGAUAAAUCAUAAUUCUGAUGAUAGUAAUGAGAGGGUUGUGAACUGAAACAUCUGCAAUGCAGAACUGAUUCAUAUAAAAAUAUUUUGUUUUUAAAGCGUUUUAUCAACUCGCUGGGUAAUAGCUACUAUCUAUAUACUCUAUAGUAUGUAGUUUAUAGAUAAGACGCAGGAACACUUGGUUAAAAAUGAUCAAACUUGGUGCAUUUGCAGCAUUUUUGCAUCAUCUGCUUAAAAAAUCACCCCGUGUUGUUUUGUUAUUCCGCGGCAUUCUUUCAAGAAUUAUAAUUUCAUUUUCCGGUCCUAAUUUAAUUUUCACCAAAUUCAGUUUACAAUAUCAAGCAAUUUAUACAAUAAUGAAAUUACGUUUUUCUCAAAUUUGACAACUGAACAAAAUGCCGAAGAGAAAUUGUUUUAACAUAUGCAUGAUUACAAUACAUAGACUACAGUUGUAUUAGUAUGAAUUGCGAUCAUUGCGGUAUGAACGUUCUUAUACAUGCAUGUUCAGUUACAAUGAAAUUAAUAGGAUUAUCGCGCCAAUGGCAAUGUUGAUAUUAUGCAGACGUAAAAAAGAGGUCAGGCGUUUAAUAAAGUUUUGUAAAUUGAAGUGUUGAAAAUCCAAAGAAUUCAGCGACAGAAAUGAAAGUUUAGUUUUGGAUUUUCAGAGACGAGCGUUCAUAACAAUGUCAAUGCUGCAUGCGAAGAAGGAAAUUUUAUCUUAAUACAAAGUGGAUUGUGUAUUGAUAUUAUAAGGGCAUUACUCGUAUUAGGCGGGCAACUACAGCACGUUACUUCAUCAUCUCAAUGGCGUGUAAACAGCAAUCUAGUGUCCCCAGACUAGACGGUUUACCAACUGAAAUAUCUGAGGAAAAAGCAGACGAGAACUCGUUGUCUCAACAGGUUGAAAAAGUUGUCAGAACGUGGGCCUUGGUGAAGAAAGAUAUGGUUGGUAAUGGAAUUGUCUUCUAUGAGAGAUUGUUUAGUGAAAAUCCAGAGUUGAAAAGUUUGUUUUCAUUUACAUCAAACAAGAACAACACUGAGAUGACAUGCGAUGAUCCAGGUUUGAAACGUCAAGCGAAAAUGCUCAUGUCAAUGAUUGAUUUCGCCAUUCGUCGACUUGGAAAUCUGCCAGAACUCAUUCCAAAACUGAAAAAUUUGGGCAAGAGACAUUUUAUUAAAUAUAAUGUGAAACCAGAACACUUUCAGGCUGUUGGCUCCGCCUUACUCUGGACACUGAAAAAAGAAAUUGGUGGUGAAAUAUUCACAUCCGACGUUGAAGCUGCUUGGUUUGCUAUUUAUAGCAUACUUGCUGACGUCAUGAUUGAGGGUGGCAAAGAAGGUCUUGCUGAAAACAAGUGACGAGCUAUAAAACACGUUGCCAUGGUUCAGUACUUUAUUAAAUAAACUCCAUAUGAAUCUGUAAUAAUAACGUCCGCUGAAGGCUUAUAUUGGGCCAGGAAUAAUGGAAACGAGGCUAGUGAAUCCCAGAAUGCAGCAAUGGAGUUGGAAAAAGAAGAAAUUUCACUGACUGCAAAGCGGAAUUAGGAUUGCCACCAGAUGUUUGACUCCCAUAUGAGUUGUCAAUCUAAAUGUAUUUUUGUAUAGAGCACUCUUCUGGUUUCAAACAGAUAUCAGCUCAUAUUCAGCAGCAACGGGGUGUAGCGUGCAUAUUUUAUAGCAGAAACGUAACAAUUGUAAAUAGUUUUGAAGAAGUAAAUAACAAAAUUAUCUGCAGUGAUAAAUUAUCUCUGUAACAAAGUAUACUAAUCACGCUGAUGGAUCUUGCUGUGUGAACACCUGAACUGAAUAAAUUCAAACACAGUCCCAAAUUCGUCAAAAAAAUUGCCGACUCUGGUACAACAGACUGAUUUUUAACCAAUUCUUCCUAAUCUAGGGGACGUAGUUUUCCAUAAAACCUAUGGACACUGGACACACCUAAUUAACCUAGUUAUCCUCCAUUUUUGCGAGCAAUUUUCCCAGGGGGGGGGAAAGUUUCUUUCCGGUUAAAUAUUGAUAUGCAAAUUUUAAACAAAUCAUUGAAUACGAAAUGUGAAAUAUUUUAUAAUUUAUCAUUAAAGAAUAGUCGAAAGUUACUGUAAAAUUUGUACUUCCAAUAUGUCAGACCUUGAUACCCUUAUGGAAAUGGGAUUUCCCAAGAACAGAGCUGAGAAAGCUUUGGCUGUUACAAGGCAUCAGGGUGUGCAAUCUGCUAUGGACUGGUUAUUUGCACAUGCUGAUGAUUCAGAUAUUGAUGAACCACUGAAACCUGACCAAGGACAUACACUUGGAGCCGAAACUAAAACUCCUGAUGAAAAUCAUGAACAAGAAACAAAUGGUGGUGCAGUGGAACUAACUAAUGAACAAUCUGCUUCAGCUCAAGCCCAGUCCUUAAAAUGUGAAGAGUGUGGAAAGUUGUUAAAAACUGAAGCCCAAGUGCAGAUGCAUGCUGCUCGAACUGGUCAUCAGAAUUUUGCUGAAUCAACAGAAGAAAUAAGACCAUUGACUGAGGAAGAGAAAAAGGCCCAGUUAGUAAAGUUACAGGAAAAGAUUGUUGAAAAACGUCAAGAACGACAAGAGAAAGAGAAACAGGAGAAUGUUGAACGCGAGAAAAUCAGGCGAAAAACUGGCAAAGAAAUGACAAACUUCAAGCAAAAAUUUGAGAUGCAAGAAGCUCAAAAGAUUGCAGAACAGAGAAGACGUGAAAAGUUGGAGGAGAAGAAACUGAGACAAAAACUGAAACAACAGAUUGCUCAGGAUCGUGCUGAGAAAGCUUCACAGUCUCCUUCAACUGGUAAACCCACAAGUCAUGUAACUACAUCAUCAGUACAGCCAGGGGAUCAACAAUCUGCCACCAAAGAAUACACUACAUGCAGGCUGCAGUUCCGCCUAACAAAUGGUACAGCAAUCACAGGGACAUUCAAGCCAACAGACCUGCUAUCAAGUAUUGUGUCUUUUGUGGAGUCUAACAGAACAGAUGGUUCUUUGCCAUUUACUUUAUCAACUAUGUUUCCAAAGAAGACUUUUAAUGAAAUGGAUAUGAACAAGUCUUUAAAGGAAUGCAACUUAGUUCCAUCGGCGGUGUUAAUUUUACAAAGACAAUGAGCAAGAAGUACUUUACUUUGUGUUAUGUGAAAUUAUUGUGAUAAUAUGUCAAGGCUCCUUAGUGUGUAGUUCUGUAUAACACUACUUAAGACUUCUACUUCAGAAGUUUUCUUAUCAUAUCUUAUCUCCCUUGCAAGUCGCAAGUCAUAUUUCAUGUUUGAGAAAGCCACCAUAUUGAGCACCCUAAUCCAAAAAUGGACUUUUUUCCAGAUGGAAAAAAUUGCAUUUUUGGCCAUGAUGAGGCUAAAGCUAGUAGUGUAAAGUCUGUAAGUAGUGAACAAACGUGAAUCAGUUCACUAUGCUUCUAAAUGAAUAACUAGAGAGAACAGACUUUACCUCACCUAUGAAUCUAACCAUCUUAGUACAGUAUGUACAAGAGGGGAAGAUGAUUUU